AUGACGCCAAACCCCGAGCUGCCAGGUAAUGAUGAGGUCGACAGUCCUCUCAGACAUGCUGCACUGUUGCACGACGACGGCGAGAAACCUCCGAAACGGCAACGCAACUUCAUUGCCCGACAGGCCUGUCAAGCAUGCCGUGCCAAGAAGACACGAUGCGACGAAGACCUCCCUUGUAGUCUCUGCAAGACUCUGGGCAUUGAGUGCACUUAUGCUGAACGAAAGCCGACCAAGAACGAGGUAUCCAUGAGCAUGUUGUUCAACACUCUGAAGAGAGUCGAGUUCAAACUAGAUCAUUUAUCCGCUCGGCCUCAGCUCGAGAUUUCAUCCGAUUCCGAACGCGAGCGACCGGGCUCGAGCAAUUUGAACGUUGCAAUGGGAAGCCCGUUCCAUCUAGAUUCGGCACAGUCGAGCAGAUCGGUUGUUUCACCGCAGACUCACCUAUCCAGACAAGCUCUUGCGAUUCCCGAUGACAAUUUAGUCCUAUCUUUCAGUGCACAUCAAACAGUCCACUGGCGUGGUGUCAAACAGUCUCUCCCGCAGGAGCUCAUCGAAAUCGUUAGCCGACUAGACAACAGCUAUCCAACCCGUUUAGAAUCCGAGAGACGGCCCUUGGAUGCAACCAUACGACCCGACCUCAAUAAUCACUUUGGCGAAUGGCUAUCCACUCUCAGCAUAUCUUGCGUCAAAGACUUAUCCAACGCUUACUUUGACACUUUCAACCGGGUCUAUCCUUUCAUCGACCGAGAUUACUAUUUCCUGAAUACACUUGCCGUUGUUGUUCGAGAAGGAUUCGGUUAUGACAUGGAGACCUGUUUGGUGCUCAACGUCAUGACUUUAGGCUGUAUGGCAGUCAAAGCACAUCACGAGGGGGAAUUUGAUACGUCCCAAUACUCCACCUUGCCUCCUCUGGUCAUGCAGAUUAUCGAUGAGGACAUCUCGGGCUUGAGCUUGUUCAACGAAGCACGAAAACGUGUGGGUUUUUGUCUCUGCGAUCGCGAUAUUCAAAGUUGCCAAUUCUACCUGACCUCAGCAGUCUUUUUCGCCCAGACCAUGAGACCCGUGGACGAGUGGAUGAUGACAAGUCGUGCAGCCACCAGCUGUAUCGCAUUCUGGAAAUGCCCGCCGGAGCCUUACGACGAAUGGACAGCGGACAUCUACUCCCGAUUGUUCUGGAGUGCCAUCUUACUGGAAACCGUCAUCGUACAAGAGUUGGAGCUGCCGGCGAGCGCCUUCAAGGAAUGGGAGGACGUUGUCCCUCUCCCGAAGUUCACAGCAUUCUCAUACAUGAACAGGUCUCGUUCACGGAGCUCCGACGACUCUUAUUAUCACUAUCAUUUUCUGGCUCAGAUAGCACACAGAAUCAUCCUCACCAGGAUACGAGAGGAGUUGUUUUAUGUCAAUCCAUCCCCUGCACUGGCGAAUGAGCUACAACAUCAGCUUGAACAAUGGAGUGCGAACCUGCCUGAUACACUUAAAUACACCGAUGAAAAUCCCGCUCAAGCUUUCAGAUCACCUGCAGAUGCUGUGGUCGUUGCUUUACUCUACACUCGCUAUCGUGUAUCCAUUUUCCACCUCGGAAGGCCGUUUUUGUACAAAGCAAUCCAGGCCCCGUCGUCCUUGACCGAAAAAGAUCUGUCAUUGUGCCGAGAAUCUCUCCAACAUGCAAUGGAUUGGCCUCUAGUAUGGGAAAUCUGCGCAAAAAUGAAGAACUUCAUGCCUUUGAAAUUCUUUGCCUCAGGGCAGAUGUUUGGGCAGUUGUUGAUCUUCCACGCCUUCAAAACUUCGACAGACUCGAGGCUUCAUGAAGCCUUGCCCGCUGGAUUUGAACUGUGGUGCACAAAAAUGUUGCGAUUCAUCUCAGAAUUCACCGACUCGAGCCCUACUAUAAGAAAAGACUUUGAAGUCCUUUCUAUCCUUUACCAACUGAAUGGCAAUUCUUGA